CACGCAAGUUACACAUCUUGACAUUUGUGGAGCUCUCCAUCAAAAAGCAUUUCUUUUUCACUACCAUCCAAAUUAUUCUACUUCCCUCUCUUUCUCUCUCUUUCUUCUUCCCUUCAUUAAAGCAACAACAAUCAAGCAGCUCUCACACGACACGGACUGGACCUGUCAUAAUAUUCUACAAACAUCUUAAACAGCAAUAUACUUUUUCCUCGUAAUAACAAAUACACCAUGACCACUGCAACUCCCCCCGCCAUUCGUGUCCGUAAUGCCAAAUAUCAGGCUAAUGUCACAAAGCGUGGCCAGGUCAAGUCAUCAACUCAGGCAGAGAAGAAGGCAGCCAAAAAAUCAGUAGUAAACCCAUAUCUCGUCGCAUUUCUGUUGGUUGUUCUCUGUGGCGGAGCCUUCUUUGAGGUCCUCAAAUUGUUCGGCGCCGACAUCGAUAACUAAGAAUAUGAAGGAGAUAACUCCAUGAUAACACUUGACAGCUGGGCUGGACAGUUUUACAUGGCGGGAUAACACAAAAUUGAUAAGACCAGAUAAAGAAAAAAGGAUCGGCUCCACAAGGGAAGGCAUCAGGACAUAUUUGUCCCUUUUGAACAGUACCAUCCUAAGGGUGU